AUGACGUCUUCAUCACUUCUGGAGCUCAGCUCCAUAGAGACGCCCACGCUGCUGAGCGAGAUCAAGACGGAGCCUCCCGAAGAGCUCCUGGCUCCUGAUUGUGGCAGCGGGCCCCAGGCGGAGCCCGUGGACCUGUCCCUGCACAGGCCCAAAGCCUCGCCGCCUCAGACUGCAGCCCUCUUGCCUUCCUCCAUGCUGGUGGCCCCCUCAGUCCAGCCCCCUGUGGUGUCAGUGUCUCCCUCAGGCCUGGGCUCACCCUCCACCUCUGCCAUCCCGGCCGUGUUGUCUCCGGGCUCCAUCCUGGCCUCGACCCAGGGCAGCAGCGGCCAGCAGAUCCUGCAUCUCAUCCACACCAUCCCCUCCGUCAGCCUGCCUAGCAAGAUGGGCAACCUGCAGACCAUCCCUGUGGUGGUCCAGUCCCUGCCGGUGGUCUACACCACCAUGGCCCCUGACAGCGUGACGGCCGCCAUCACUGUCCCGCUCAUUGGGGGAGACGGCAAAAAUGCAGGUUCCGUGAAAUUAGACCCCAGCUCCUUGUCCCCAGUGGAAGUCCAGAGUGACAGUGAGGACAGCGUGGGGGAGACCGUGUCUGUGUCUGCAGCCUUUCAGGAGCUGCCGAGAGAGUCCGUGGGGACCCCGUUACAUCACACAGACUCCCCCGACCUGAAGAAGAGGCGCAUUCACCAGUGCGACUUUGCCGGCUGCAACAAGGUCUACACCAAGAGCUCCCACCUGAAAGCCCACCGGCGGAUCCACACAGGAGAGAAGCCAUACAAGUGUACCUGGGAAGGCUGCACCUGGAAAUUUGCUCGCUCGGACGAGCUGACUCGGCAUUUCCGCAAGCAUACGGGCAUCAAACCCUUCCACUGCUCGGACUGUGACCGAAGCUUCUCGCGCUCAGAUCACCUGGCCCUCCACCGGCGGCGGCACAUCAUGAUGUGAGCCUGGUCGCCGCCACCUCUUCUUCUCCU